AUGACUUCCAGAAAUGGAAUGUGUGAUCAUCCAGAUGUUCCAGAGAUUUUUCCUUUUAAAACUUAUGAAAAACACCGGAGAAUUACGAAAAUCAUGUUUUUCUUUGCUGCAUUGUACUUAAAGGAUUUCUUCACUUUCUUUGAUGCUUUUCUGCAAUAUCCCUUGCCUGACAUAGAAGAUGCAAAGUUCAUUGAAGAUUGUGUGAGAGCUCACAACACAUUUCGAUCCAAAGUGAAUCCACCAGCCAGCAACAUGUUUCGCAUGUCCUGGGAUGCUGCUUUAGCUAAGACUGCCAAAGCAUGGGCAAAGAAGUGCAAGUUUAACCACAAUACUUACCUUAAAAUGCCAGGAAAAAUGCACCCUACCUUUUCAUUUGUUGGAGAAAACAUCUGGACUGGCACAGCCCACAUCUUCUCUGUGGAUGCAGCACUCCAGUCCUGGUUUAAUGAGGUUAGCAGCUAUGAUUUCAGCACCAAUACAUGUACUGGCAUCUGUGGUCACUACACUCAGGUCGUCUGGGCAGAGAGUUACAAAGUUGGCUGCGCAGUUCACUUCUGCAAUACAGUUGAAAAUUUUCCAGGACUGUUCAAAGCAGCACAUUUUGUUUGUAACUAUGGGCCACCGGGAAAUUACCCAAAAAAACCAUAUAAAGAAGGACAGCCAUGCAGUGGAUGCAGUAAUGAGAAGUGUGUAGACAAGCUCUGUGCAAAUACAGAACGUGAGAAGCUGAUAAGUUAUACCAACUGGUAUCCGGACUGGGAUACACAGCCCCAGCCACCUCGGCCCCGUCCCCCCAGGCCUCCUGUGCCAUCAAACGACCCACCUGCUGAGCAUCCACGACCCUCUUGUGACCAAUACUGUGUUAGUGUUCUCAUUUUAAGGCCACUGUUUCUCGUGUUGAGUGUUGGUGCUGUACUUGUAGUACAACAGUAUUUUCCACACACUUUUUUUUAUGAGUGAUGGUCAGUUAAGAUACUGAUUGUGAUCCUGCUUCUGUAGUACUCUCACACAACUGGCACACAUUAAAAAAAAAAUGGUCAUCUCUCAUUAUCCCUGCAGUGUUUAUCCAGCCAAUGUUUAUCUAUAGAAAAGGCUGCUCCUUCACUCAAGGCAAGGUACAAGUGGCUGUGCAUAGGGGUACUAUAAUAUAUUGGCAGUAGCUACAACAUUCUCCUAUGUCUGUAUGAGCGUCUUAGUUUUAGGGGUAGGUUACUAGAGGGACCACAGAGGCUGGCUAUUACUCCAUGUGCUAACAAUCCUCCUGGAAGGCUGGGGCAUUACAAAGACAUGUCUGAAGUGGCACACUAUAUCCAAAAGAGGCAAUAAUUCAUCUUCAUUAACCUUCAGUUAUCCCAGACACAAUUUUCCCCAGAUAAUGGAGAUUUAACUGCAUAUAUUACUUUUUAUGAACAGAAGUAAAGCUUGCCCUUUGCUAUAUGUAGCCUAUGUGUGUCAGUGUUCAUUACUGUAUUGUCAAUUGUACUAUUCAGUUCUUAUCCUCUCAGAGUUGAUCCUUGUUCUCCAUAAGUAGAAGAAUACAAGGGAAGGUUGACAGAGUAAGGAUUAAGGUGGGGUGUCAAUGGGGAAAGCUUAAUUUUAGGAUGAGAGAUGGUGACAGUAUCUAAAAUGCAGGGUAGAUGGCAGCCACCAUGAGCUUUCCGAUAGCAGGAAACAGGAAGGUUAAAUGGGCCCAGGACAGAUUCUGGUUUAGAAAUGGAAUAUCUCAGCCUCAUUUAAAAAGUCCAAACCUCUGAUGGAUUCAGUUUGUUUUAAGAGACAUUUAGUCCUCAACCUGACCCCUAUUGUUCUAAUAAGUUUUUAGUGAGGGGAAUGCAUAACUGUGCUAUCAAUAUAUAAAUCUGUUUUUUCCUCCUUUGUCUUUGUUCUAAUGUUUUAAGAACAUAGUGACUCAAAUGCUGAGCCACACUGCAGCAUGUCAUGCUACAGAAUAAAAAUGGGCCCUAA